CUGUUCAAGUUUUUAUCUGAUGCGUUUUCUCUGAUGUCAGGAUAUACUUGAAGCAACUUAAUGAAGUAGGUCAGUAGUGUUAGAAUUUCUAUUUUUGGUUUUCUCCAAAGUUAUUAAUUUCAGUCACAUUCAUAGUUACUUUUAGAGCCCUGCCCCUGGGUUUUAUAGUGUCAGUCGUCUUGCUUAGGCCUUUGUAAAUGAAGGGAAAUGGGGGAAAGGGGGCAAGGAUAAUGAUUUGAGAUCUGUGUGGGGCUUUAAGUUUUAUAAACUCCCUUGAACAGGGAGAGGCACUGGGGAUCAACCUGAGGGGAGAAGGCCAGGGACAGAGGUGAAAAGAAGCUCAGAGUAGAAGGACAGUUGAAGGGGAUGAUGAGCCCAGGAAGGGGUCAGGUAAGAAUUAGUACAUCUAAGAAAAAGAUUAGGAAAGGCCUGGAGCAGGGGAGCAGAUAAGGAAGUCUUAUGGGAGGGUCAUUGCUUUUGCCCAGACUAGCCUCCAAGUUUGAAAGAAACUUUCCUUCUGCCACCAGCCUUCCCACUUCCCUGCAAAUCCAUAACUAUUGAAACUCCUUCCUUCCUCCAAGGCCCAGCCCUGGACCACCUUCUCUGGGAAAUCUUCCUCCAGCUGAAUAGUAAUCCUCAGAUUUCUUACACAUUUUGUUUGGACCUCUCCUUUGCAAUUGUGGUAUUUAGAUCUAGUUUGGACCUAAGAGAUAUGAUUUCAUCCAACCUGCUCAUUUUGCAGAUGAAGACACAAAAAUACAAAGAGAAAAGCAUUCACAUUUCAUGUCCAAAGGAGAAUGCUUCUUCCAAAUUCUUGGCACCAUAUACCACCUUUUCCAGAAUUCAUACAAAGAGUAUAACAUGCCUGGACAUUUCUAGUGGAGGAGGCCUUGGAGUAUCCACCAGCACUGAUGGAACCAUGAAAAUCUGGCAGGCAGCUAAUGGAGAGCUCAGAAGAGUACUGGAAGGACAUGUAUUUGAUGUGAAUUGUUGCAGGUUUUUCCCCUCAGGCCUUGUGGUUCUGAGUGGGGGAAUGGAUGCACAGGUGAAGAUUUGGUCAGCAGAAGACGCCAACUGCGUGGUGACCUUCAUUGGUCACAAAGGAGGUAUCUUGGAUACAGCUAUAGUUGAUCGAGGAAGAAAUGUGAUUUCCAGUUCUCGAGAUGGGACUGCUCGGCUUUGGGAUUGUGGGCGAUCAGCCUGCCUGGGCAUCAUUGCAGAUUGUGGCUCUCCUGUGAAUGGCAUUGCUGUGGGUGCAGCUGACAACACAAUAAAUCUUGGCUCCCCUGUGAAAGUUCCCAGUGAACGGGAGAUUGGAACAGAAGGGAAGAUGCUGCUUUUGGCUCGGGAAGAUAAAAAGCUACAGUGUGUGGGAUUAUGGAGCAGGCAGCCGGUGUUCCUCUUUGUUGGCUCAGAUGCUUUCAACUGCUGUACUUUUCUCUCUGGUUUUUCUCUAUUGGCGGGGACUCAAGAUGGGAACAUAUAUCAGUUGGAUGUAAGGAAUCCAAGGGUUCCAGUUCAGGUCAUUCGCCGAUCAGGAGCUCCAGUACUGUCUCUGUUGGCUUACCGAGAUGGAUUCGCCGCCAGCCAAGGUGAUGGGACCUGCUUCAUUAUGCAGCAGGACUUGGACUAUGUAAUUGAGUUGACUGAGGCUGACUGUGACCCUGUGUACAAGGUAUCCACAUGGGAGAAGCAGAUUUACACCUGCUGUCGAGAUGGUGUUGUGCGCCGGUAUCAGCUCUCUGACCUUUGAUAACUCAGAGAGCUGAGUGAUUGGCUAGAAACCAGAAUCCUUCAUCACCGGGGAGCUGAGACCCCACUGGCCUUGUGGGACCAUAGACCCUCUACACUGGGCACACACAGCAUGCUAGGGCUCUGUUCACAGGGCCAGAAAGACCCAAAUACUGUCCUCCGUGUGACCUUUGGCUUGUUUCAGUCCACACAGAGAGCCACUUGGAUCUGAGCAAACAUGUAAUUUCUAUCUGCGUUAGCAUCCACUCCUCCUUUCCCCUGCACCACAGUCAGCACAUCCCCAUUCCCUCUGUUCAACGAUUAAUGUGGCCCCGGGGAUGCAGAAAGGGAGCCCCUCUCUCUGCAGGACUUUGUUCACUAUGUAUAUGCUGUUCAGUUUUCUGAGACAUCAAGUCCAUUGAAUGUACCUAUGGAACCAGAGAAUCAAAGCUAGCCCCUCAUGAAGGAAAUAAAGGAGAAGCAUUUGGAGACAUCAGGAGAAA